AUGAUAGUCACAAGCGCUGAGGACGCUCCUCGUACUAUUCUUUUAUCGCUUCUACAACGAACAUUAUUACCACCAACUAGCAACAUUAUCACCAGCAUCAUCAUUCUAUAUUUCAUUUGGAUGUUUUCCAUUGAAGCCUCUCAAGUCGAUGUGUACGGUGUCAACCCCACAAGUCCUACCAACGAUCCCGCAAAUCUCAUUCAAAUCCAAAUGACUGUCGCUACACAAAAGUGCCUCCACUACUUCACUGUUGACGAGUCCACCAUGCACGAUAAUCUCGGUCUGUAUUUCAUUCAUCGUAUAAAUCUUGCUGAUCAAACGCAACAACAGAUCAUGGUGUCGAUUCAAUUAGUCACAGAGGAGAUCCCAAGUCAUGGAGUGUCGUUACUUUGCCCAACCUAUUCCCCUGCGCUGCCUGUGGAUGUCGGUCGAGAUGAAACGGAUGGAACAAGACAACUCAGCAACAUCGACAGGAAGAUUUAUAUGGCAUUUGGACUAGGACUCAUCUCACUUCUAAGGCUUCUCUUCAGACACCUCCAAUGCACCGUCACAAACCCACCGGCACCCGCACACCGGCCAACCUUGCAGUACAUACGAUAUGUCUCUCUUUCCAGCUUCGGUCGCAUGCAAGAACAGAAGCUCGAUACUCUAUUCGAGUGUCGCUUCAGUGGAUGCAAAUGCAAUCGAUACAUCGAGGUCUCGGGCACAUCCUGA